AUGUCGCCAAUAUACGAAGAAUUAUUCAAAGACGGUUUUAUGUCAAGGUAUUUUUUUGAGCCAAAGAAUUUCACAUCUCAAUGUGAUGAGCCGAUGAGAUCUCAUAAUGUGGGUCUCAUACCAUGUAGGUCAAUUUGCUUGACACUCACUCAGGAUUUCAUUGUUAUGGGACGUAAAACGGGCAAGAAGUUGACAAUUCGUGGAUGCGCGACCUCAAUCACUCGAUUUGGGUUCUUCAACAGGACUAUGGCACUUUUUGACAGGUAUGAUAUUUGUCGUGAUAUGAAGGUAGCAGAUUUAUUUCGAUACGAAACCGACUCACAAGCCGUGCGAGUAUGCUCGUGUCUCGGUGAUCGUUGCAAUGCCAGCAUUAGUUGUGCGCCGUUUGCCGACAGUUUGACAACUAUGGUAGCUGUCUUCUUUUAUGUCGUUUAUUCAUUGCGACUUUGA